AAAUAAUAAGACUCAGCAGGCCCCCUCCCAUCGGUGCCGCAUCCCCACUUGCAAACCCUAGAUCGAUCGGCUUGUUCUAGCUCUGUGGCGGCGGCGAUGGCUGUGGCGGCGGCGGCGGCGUGGUAUGAAGAGCUGCGAGAGGUGGAGUACCGCGAGGAGGCGAACUUUAAGAAGAUAGGGUCCAUAUCCAAGAGGUUGGCGAUGGACAAAGAUUUGUCAGAGGAGGAGGUGGGCAGGCUCAAGGAAGAGCGCACGGCCUUGCGAGAGGAGGUUCGUCGGCUCGUCCUUGAGAUGUCGCCGCAGCCGGAUUUCUCAUGCAUGACCGAGGCCGAGCGAGCGGAGGCGGCGGAGAGGGUGAGGAGCAUCGAGGUCAAGUAUGGGCUCCGCCUUAUGCAUGAAGGCGACCCCAGGGGUCAGUCGAUCCAGGCCUCUGCUCGCAUCGUCGACUUCGAUCCCAAGCAGGGGGGCCUCUACUACAGCCGAUACACCAGCGGCGGCCUCAUCAGAUUCAACCUCGACGAGGAGUCACCCAUUGGUCCCAUGAGACAUAUCGAUUCCCCUUACAAAAAAGAGAGCUACUUUCUCCGCCUGUGUAAGGCAGUAAACUUCCUGUCUGUCAAGAUAGGCUGUUCUGAUGUUGGCUACCCAAUCCAUGUCUAUGGCACUAUCAUUGUCAGGGACAGCAUCGAUGAGAGGUGUGUUUAUCACUUCCGCCGCGACAGUGACAAUUGCCAACUCAUCAGUUCUGAGUCUGAAUCACUGAUCUUGACUGGGCCAAAACGCGGCCUUGCAUUGGCAGGAGAUAUCUAUGUGGAGACUGAUCUCAAGAUGAAGGAUGACCUAGUCCAGGACAGAGAACUUAGUAAAGGACUGAUAAUCAUCAGGGGCACACCAGCUCGUCUAUUUGAGAAGGGAUACACGUCUGCAACCAAAUCUCUUGCAACCAGGCUCAGUACUGUGGAUGUGUAUUAUUCAGUCGUGGAUCGUGCACUGGAGGGAACUAUUGCAGUUGAAGUUGUGCAGGGAAGUUUUCAUGGAAGAAUCACUGCCAACACUGCCAACAUGUGCAACGAGCUUGUGCUCUACGAUAGCAAAGAGGCUGAUGCGAUGACUGUUGACAAUUGUGGAGACCUCAAGCUUUUGCGACAUGUUGUAUGUGUCUAUGUUAAGGAUUUGCUCAUGAUUGCUGCACAGACAAGUGAUGGUAAAUCUGAGCGCAUAUCAUUCUCCCCAAGGAUCAACGACAAAGCUGAAGGCCCACUUGUUGUCGGUGGAACUGAGUUGCGUGUGAAGAUUUGUUGGUCAGUAAUGAACCCCUGAAUAGCUAUCUGUCUCUCAGUGACACUGUAGUCACCUAAGAGUUGCGUGUGAAGAUUUGUUGGUCAGUAAUGAACCCCUGAAUAGCUAUCUGUCUCUCAGUGACACUGUAGUCACCUAAGUUAUGUGGACUUAGUUGGACCUGAUAAGUAACUAGUGUGUCGGACCUCACAAGUAAUAGUAGUGUGUGUGUGUGUGUGUGUGAGACUCUUCUGUAUAUUGUGCCUAGCUUAUUAUAUUUGGACGCACUUGUGCCGUGCUGGGCUGGUAGGGCUUGUUAUGCUGAAUUAUCAGUUAUCUAAAAUGUGUUGCGCUUUAUGCUGUGAAUGAAAAUGCACGAGAUUGUGCCAAAUUAUUUUCUAUA